UUGCUCACACUUCCUUCUUGACGGAAUUUGUCUCUUAUUGAUUAAACAAGUAUACGUAAUGUCAACAGUCGGCCGGUAGAAAUCCUUCAGUGGGACAUUCUAGGAAAAGAAAAUGGAAGACUUACGGCGGAGAUCAAAUCCCUCCAAUUGGACCCAAUCCCGGAUCUCUCCUGUUCCAAGAUCCCGAACUCCUAAUCCUGGAUCUUUCUCGCAACGAGAUCACGUCAAAUUGUCCCUGUCCUCGAGCGUGCCAUCGAAACUCUACCAAUUAGGCAACGAAGACGAAAAAGUGUCCAUUAAGUCGGAUAAACCGCUACUUCUAGACGAAAGUAAGGACUCAGUCGACAAAUCCCAAUCGGCCGGGUUAUCCCGAACGCAAAGCCUGGGCACACUGUCCCAAUCGGAAGUCCAUGAAGGUCAUAUAAAUGAAGCUCGGCGAGAUGAUUUAUUGGAAAAAUACUACCACUACCAGAAGGAACGACGCGAAAUCCGAAGACGAAACAUCCAAGCCCAAGUGAACAUUGCUCAAUACUUCCGGAAGCAUCAAAUGAACAUGUUCCCCAGUGAUCACGAGAGAAGUCAGACGAGUUUGAAGGAUGAGUAUCAGCAAGUGCUUAAACGGAUCGAGCAAUUGACCAGUCAAAAGGACCAGGAAACCAUUAGUUUUCAAACCAACAUGGAACUGAUUAGCGUCCAACGGAAUCGAGUUCGUCGAGAAAUUGCCUCGCUUGAGAGAGAGAUGGUUGUUCUCAAGACCGAUGGAGCGACAGCGACGGCCCCAUCUUCUACGGGAAAAACGGUGACUGCCAAGGAUGUGGCUGAUCAAAUGAAAACGUUGGCUUACAUCGAGGAGGAUAUGGGACCCGUGCGUUUCGAGCAUGCCAAAUUGAAGAGGAAAUUGGACUGGCUCCAAAAGCAAUGGUCGCAGGUCAAGCAACAUAACCAGCAUGGAUCUCAUGCCGUUGAACUGAACUUGGAGAACUCGAUAUUUCUGGAUCGGAUACACACGUUUGAUGAUGAAUAUGAGAAGCUUCAGAGUGCCAUGGACAAUGAUAUCGCUCUUUUGACCUUGACAAAGAUGAAACAAGCUCAAUUGAAGGCCAACAAUGACCUGAAAGAAAGAGAAUUGGACGAGAGGAAGCGGAUUUCUCGCGAAGUAAGUGCUUGCGUUUGUGAUUUUAUUGUGUUUUAAAACAUGAAAAGAUGGGAUUAGAAAAUUAUUCACUGUCGGGUCUCUGAUUUUGUCAACAGCUUAAGUUGAAAGAGUUAGAGUGCAAGAAGAAGUUACGAUCCCUCAAGAGGCGUAUCCGUCAGAUCCACGAAGAGGGUGGGCACUUGCACGACGAGGGACUUCAAAAAGACUUUUUUGAUACGCUGAGGAGUCUCCAAGGGAAUUUGGACUCGAUCGAAUCCAAAUAAAUGGCCUUACUUGCGUUUUCGCUUGGAUCGCGUCUGUUUGGCGUUGGUUGUGGAAUUGGGCAGCCCAAUGAUUUUGUCUCGAACGCUUUUGCCCGUCUCCUUUAAUUCCUCUAAUUUGGCCUCACAUUGGGUCAUCUACAUCCGAUGAAGAAAGAUCAAUUGCUAUCAUUGAAACCCUUAUUUCAAGUGGAAUCUUAAGUGUGAUUGGAUGUACUGUGCACUGCAAAC